AGGCUAGGUUUCGUCUUUUUCCGUUCACAGGCGGCCGUCGGUGUUCGGUGCCCCUCCUCCUGCCAAACGAUCCCGAGCAGUGCCACCGGUGCGGCCGUGCAGAGGGAGCGGCCGGGGUACAGUACAGGAUGCGGGGGUUGACACGCGCUGCGAAACGCGCAGGGGAGAUGGCGUUCAACGCCGGUGGUGGCGCCGUCAACUGGUUCCCGGGCCACAUGGCCGCGGCCUCCCGCGCCAUCCGCGAUCGUCUCAAGCUCGCCGACCUCGUCAUCGAGGUCCGCGACGCCCGCAUUCCAUUAUCCUCAGCAAAUGAAGACCUUCAACCAGUGCUCUCAGCAAAGAGGCGAAUUCUUGCUCUAAACAAGAAGGAUCUAGCAAACCCCAACAUAAUGAAUAGGUGGCUGAAUCAUUUUGAAUCAUGCAAGCAGGAUUGUAUCUCAAUAAAUGCACAUAGCUCCAGUUCUGUUAACCAGCUUCUUGGUUUUGCUGAGCUGAAACUAAAGGAAGCAAUCUCAAAGGAGCCAACCCUUCUGAUUAUGCUUGUUGGUGUCCCUAAUGUUGGCAAGUCUGCACUCAUAAAUUCUAUUCAUAGAAUUGCUACUUCUCGAUUUCCAGCGAAAGAUAAAAAUAAACGGGCUACAGUGGGGCCACUGCCAGGUGUUACACAAGAUAUUGCAGGGUAUAAGAUUGCAACUCAGCCCAGUAUUUAUGUGCUUGAUACACCUGGUGUUCUUGUGCCAAGCAUACCAGAUAUGGAGACAGGGUUAAAGCUUGCUUUAACAGGAGCUGUUAAAGACUCGGUAGUUGGGGAAGAACGUAUAGCAAAAUAUUUAUUAUCUCUUUUUAACAUUAAAAAGACACCUCUACACUGGGAGCGGUUGUUGCACAGAAAAGAAGAGUGGUGUGAAGAGAUAUGCAGCAGUAAUAAAAAAGACAAUUCAUUACGGAGGACUCGGUUGAAUAACUCUGAUGCCGUAUAUGUUCAGGAUUUAGUGACGGAGGUGCAGAGGGCACUAUGCCGUACGUUCCUGAACUUCACUGGCAACAUCGAGGAAGAAAGUGAGCUGGAAACCCUCAUAGACAUGCAGCUUGUGGAGCUCCGCAAGGUGUUCAGGAUACCCCAUAAGCCUUUCGAUGAAACGCAGGGCCCUACCUCCAAGAAGCUCCUAACUCUCUUCAGAUCAGGGAAGCUUGGGCCGUUCAUCCUCGACGACCUUCCUGAUGGAUCUGAGAAAUAACCUGUUUACUUGAUUCUUUUUAUUUUGCACUCGGCAGCUGAUGUUCUAUGAUGGAAGGCAUUGGUACGAGCUGAUGUUCUUGCAGGGAGGAUAUGUUUAUCUGUCUCCCUCGUUGGCUGUUUGGCUUUGACAGAACAUGGUAUGUUUUGGAAUUGAAGUGCCAGGCCUUCGAUGGUACAUUGUCUUGUCGAUACUUUUGUUGGACUUAUGGCAGUGGUAUCCAUCUCAUACCAUGAAAGUUUGAGUGUAACAUGAACUUAACCCUGAAACUCUUGCUGUUAGUUUCUAUUCCUUUUGUUUUAGAAAGGAUACAAUUUUAGUUAGCUUUUCUAGGCACAAAAGUUGGCUUUCGUUUAUUCUAUGUUGUGAGCUAUUUGGCUUUA